AUUAUUUAAUUGUCAACUAGAAAGAAAACGUGAAAUUUCGUAAAGGAGCGAAGUUAACGUGAAUUCAAUCUUUAUUUUUAUUUACACGCGUAUUUUACCUUACAAUAAUUUAAGUGUAAUAUAAAAAUGCCUGAAAAUAAAAAUUUAGUCCAAUGUUAUAAUCGUGGAUGUGGUCAACUUUUUGAUCAGAAUGAAAAUGAUAAAGAUGUAUGCUGUCACCAUCCUGGUGCCCCAGUGUUUCAUGAUGCGUAUAAAGGAUGGUCUUGUUGCAAUAAGAAAAGUGUUGAUUUCACUGAAUUUCUUAAUAUAAAAGGAUGUACUUUAUCUAAACAUUCUAACGUGAAACCACCAGAACCUGAAAAGAAGGCAUUAGAUAAGGAGUUAGAGAAAAAGGAAGUGAUUGAAGUCAGAGCACCAGUAUUGGGUCCGCAAUUGCCGAGGCCUCCAUUUGAGAGUUCUUUAGUCACUUUGAAACCGCAAAUUGCAGAAUCUCUGAAAAAUACUAUUCAGCAAUCUGCGCAGAAGUCUGUAGCAGAAUCGGAUGGAACAAUAGCAAUAGGUACAACUUGUAAGAAUGCUGGAUGUAACAUUGCUUAUGAAGGACCACAGACAAAUGAUACAAUGUGCACAUUUCACCCAGGCUGUCCUAUCUUUCAUGAAGGUCUUAAGUUCUGGUCAUGUUGUCAAAAACGCACAACUGACUUUAAUACAUUCUUAGCACAACCUGGAUGCACAACUGGAUCACACAAAUGGUUUAAAGAGACAACAACUGCAGGUACAGUAAAGUGUCGUUGGGACUGGCAUCAGACACCAGAAUAUGUAAUUGUAAGUGUAUAUGCAAAGAAAUAUGAUCCAGUUGAAAGCUAUGUUAAAUUGAACCCAAUAAGAUUAAAUACAAAGUUGGUGUUCCAUCAAGAAGGGAGUGCUGUGUUUGAGUUGGAUCUUGAAUUACGAGGGGUAAUUGACGUAGAAAGAAGUAGUGCCUCAAUGCUUGGCACCAAAGUUGAGAUUAAACUGAAGAAAGCGGAACCUGGUGCUUGGAGUAAACUAGAUUUUCCAAGAACUGAGCCGAAAAAGGAAACAGUGCCAGCAACAGUAGCACAAGUGGAAGAUAAAGAUGAUGUUGUAGACUUAUCAUCCGUAGAAGCUAUCACACCCAUGAAUAACUUAAACUUAUCUGCUUAACUUGCAUUCAUUUAAAAAAAAUAUUUAUUUUAUCUUUUUACAUAGAGUAACACUUCAAGGACUUUGAUUUAGACAUCUGGGAAUGUAAUUUUUUAUCAGUGUUGCAAGUGUUUGAGCUUUCAAUUAUCUAUGAAAGAUUGCUUCC